GGACGAGUGACUGAGAGGUCCCAGGUUCAAUUCACUGAACCUUGGCGGUGUUAACAUCGCUAUAGUUGGGAGGUACCUCACGUCUGUUAGUGACCCUGUUAUAACAAUUGAAGUACAGUAUGAAAAUACAUUUGUCCAAUCAAAUCUUAAACAGGUCUGUACUACUCAAAGUAUGGAGUUGAUGAAUUGUCCAGUACCAAACUUGAGUAAAGUCGUAAAUGACAUCGUGAAUAUCACAGGGCAAAAUGUCACUACAGCACUUUCAAGAACACGUUUCUGGAGUGGACUCCGUCUGGAUGGUGUCAAAACAUUUAAAAAUCUUACAGAAGCACUGCCCAAUAGCACCAACACCCAAUUGCAAGUUUUCCCAGACCUUGAACUUGGAAGGUUAAAUGGUGUAUUUUACGCUAACACUUGGUUCCGGAAAAUGACCUUGUCGAUACCGGUGACAACUCCCUCUGAAGGUGUCAGUGCAGAAGAUAUGCAGGUCCAGGUUGGGGAUGGAGUAUGUAAAAUACAACUGCUCACUGCAAGGGAGUUGAUAUGUAAGCUUCCGGAUGAAGAACCAGGGUAUGGAAAACUUGGAGCAGGACCAGAUUUGUCACUAUACACAAUGGCACGAGUAGGAGACACUGGAAGACAGUAUGCAGUUGGUCACGUAAGAUAUGUUCCCAUGGUAUUGAUCGUAUCUUUGUCAGCCGCUGCAUUCCUUUUACUUACUGUGGUAACAGUAUGCACUGUAAGAAGAUGCAAGCAACGCAAGUUAAAAGAGAUGGGGUUCAUAAAUAUGACAGUGCUAGGAGAUGACGGUGAAUAUGUUGACUCUCGUAUUAAGUUAUCAGCUCUUGGUGAUGCCUUGUUUACAAUGCUUGGAGAUAGAAAGCUACAAUACAGUGACAUUGAAAUAGAAGAGGUACUUGGACAAGGUCAAUUUGGCAUUGUUUACAAAGGAAUCGUACACGACCAAGAUGUAGCAAUAAAGACUAUCAAAAAGUCAAAUUGCUCUGAAAACGAUCUCUCAGAUUUCAUGAAGGAGGCCUUGGUUAUGAAGGAUUUCGAGCAUCCAAAUGUCCUGAACCUGAUUGGAGUUGCCCUGGACAAUGAUAUCCCGUAUGUCAUACUCCCCCAUAUGGC